AUGGGCCCUCUGGAGGUCGACACCGACGAAUUCGAAGUGGGCAAGGUGUUUACUGGACCAGAUAGUGAUGAACUGGUUCUGUUCUACGAGCACCGGCGAUUCAUCCUCAUGAUGACGAAACCAGAGACCCGCGAAGAUGACCAUGACCAUGUUGUGGCCGACUUGCUUCAGAAGAUCGAGGAGGCCAACGACGAUCCCGAUCCAAUGACGUUCGUUCGAUGUCUGGAGGAUGUCGAAGACCUUGCCAUCUCGGCCUGCAAGCAGACGCUAAUUACGCUUGCGACAUCGGGUCAGCAGCCAAACAGCAAGCAAACGUCUCUGUCUCUUGAGGACUUUCUGUACCCCCCGACUUUCUAUCUGCAACUACACAGCGUGAAAGGAACCUUGCAAGCCGUGAGAGUCGAGGACGUCUCCGAGAUUGCCAGCAUGCUCGACCCUGUACACUUGACAGUGGACUUGGAGCCCGGAUCUGUCCCGGAACUUCCUUCGGUUGAAAUCGAGGUCAUGGAGGAUCUAUUCAUGAGGCAAAUCCUCAAAGUGAAAAUCUCCACAAACGGCCAAGUGUGUGUUUUCAAGUCAGCAACUUAUGGCAACGAAGACCAGCUCAAACGAGAAAUCAAUGUCCUCCGGCAAAUAUCCGAGACAUGGGAGCCAGGUGACCCCUCUCGCCUACAUGUUCCACGACUUCUUGGUCUCGCAACAUCAGGAGGUGGAGGUCAAAUUCUAGGAAUUCUGGAGGAAUUUGUCGAUGGCACGAAUCUAUAUCAGUUCAACAUAGAUGAUGCUCCCUCCGCCCAACGCCAACAGUGA